AUGGCAACCCGUCUCCUCCGAACAAACUUCAUCCGGCGUCCUUACCGUUUCUCCGCCUUAAACCCGGUGGGUCCCCCCACCGUCACGGCCUCAACCGCCGUCGUCCCGGAGAUUCUUUCCUUCGGACAACAAGAAGAACCGCCUCUACACCACCCGAAGCCCAACGAAGCUAACCAUGGCCUCGAUCUCUCCGAUCAAGCCCGUCUCUUCGCUUCCGUACCCACCUCCGACCUCCUCCGCUCCACCGCCGUUAUGCAUGCGGCGGCGAUAGGUCCGAUGGUGGAUCUGGGAUCGUGGGUCAUGAGGUCUAAACUCAUGGAAACCGCCGUAACACGUGGCGUGGUCCUUGGACUUGUGAAAGGUACCUUUUAUGACCAUUUUUGCGCCGGUGAAGAUGCCGACGCUGCCGCCGAGCGCGUGAAGAGCGUCUACGAGGCUACUGGUCUGAAAGGGAUGCUUGUGUACGGCGUCGAACACGCCGACGACGCUGCCUGUUGCGAUGAUAACAUGCACCAAUUCCUUCGAACCAUCGAAGCUGCUAAGUCCUUACCAACAUCUCACUUUAGCUCAGUUGUCGUGAAGAUAACGGCGAUUUGUCCGAUUAGUCUUCUGAAACGAGUGAGCGAUCUGCUUAGGUGGGAAUACAAGAGUCCGAAUUUCAAACUCUCGUGGAAGCUCAAAUCGUUUCCAGUUUUCUCCGAUUCGAGUCCUCUCUACCACACUAACACAGAACCCGAACCGUUAACAGCUGAAGAAGAGCGUGAGCUCGAAGCAGCCCACGGAAGGAUCCAAGACAUUUGUCGGAAAUGCCAAGAGUCCAAUGUACCUUUGCUGAUUGACGCGGAAGACACAAUCCUUCAACCCGCUAUUGAUUACAUGGCUUAUUCGUCGGCAAUCUUGUUCAAUGCGGACAAAGACCGACCAAUUGUUUACAACACGAUUCAGGCCUACUUGAGAGACGCGGGUGAGAGAUUGCAUUUGGCGGUACGCGAAGCUGAGAAAGAGAAUGUUCCUAUGGGAUUUAAGUUGGUGAGAGGUGCGUAUAUGUCUAGCGAAGCUAGAUUGGCAGAUUCAUUGGGUUGCAAGUCACCGGUCCACGACACUAUUCAAAACACGCACGCUUGCUACAACAACUGCAUGACCUUCCUCAUGGAGAAAGCCUCAAACGGAUCGGGGUUCGGCGUCGUUCUUGCAACACAUAACGCUGAUUCGGGGAGACUUGCUUCAAAGAAGGCGAGUGAGCUCGGGAUCGAUAAAGAGAACGGGAAAAUAGAGUUUGCUCAGCUAUAUGGUAUGUCAGAUCCGUUGUCCUUCGGAUUAAAGAGAGCCGGGUUCAAUGUUAGCAAGUACAUGCCGUUUGGACCUGUUGAAACUGCUAUACCAUAUCUUCUCCGACGUGCUUAUGAGAACCGGGGAAUGAUGGCCACUGGAGCCAAUGACCGUCAACUCAUGAGGAUGGAACUUAAGAGGAGAUUAAUCGCCGGAAUUGCGUGA